UACGGAUAGAUGAAUGAUUGAUUUUACAUAAAAUUAUAUUUUCUCUAGAAAAGGUUUUUCUCUAUAAAUUAUAAUUUCCAUAAAACCAGAUUUCCUACUAAAAUGACACCUCCAAAACUCCUCUGAGGAGGUUCCAGUGGCCCUGGAGACUUGGGAAUGCCGGGCCAGAUGGAACGAGCAGCACUGGAACCUCGGAUCCUCCUUCCCAGAGCCCUGGAUCAGGUCCCACCAGAACCAUGGAGACACCCUGGGGAAAGGUGUUGGAGAUCCUGGAGUCCAUGGGAAUCUGUCCUGGAACACGGGGCUGGAUCUGGCUGUGGAGGACACCAGGACAAUGCCACACCUUCAUUCCAUAUGAUCCCAAAUCACUGCCUGCACCGGGAUGUGGGGCUGGAUCUGGCUUUGGAAGAGACUGGGUCAAUCCUAUGCCUUCAUUCCAGGUGAUCCUAAAUCUCCACCUGUACCAGGAUUUGGGGCUGGAUCUGACUUUGGAGGACACCAGGACAAUCCUGACAAUCCCUUCAUUCCAGGUGUUCCCAAACCCCUGCCAGCACUGGAAUGUGGGGCUGGAUCCGUCUUUGGAGAACACCAGGACAAUCCCUUUAUUCCAUGUGAUCCCAAAUCUCCACCUGCACUGGAAUGUGGAGCUGGAUCUGGCUUCAAAGGACACCAGGACAAUCCCUUUAUUCCACGUGAUCCCAAAUCCCUCUCUGAACCAGGAUUUGGAGCUGGAUCUGGCUUUGAAAGAGACUGGGACAACCCCACACCUUCAUCCUGGACAAUCCCGUGUGUUCAUUCCAUGUGAUCCCAAAUCUCCACCUGCCCUGAAAUGUGGGGCUGGAUCUGCCUUUGGAGACUGGGACAAUCCCUUCAUUCCAGGUGUUCCCAAAACCCUGCCACCACUGGGAUGUGGACCUGGAUUGGUCUUUGGAGAACACCAGGACAAUCCCUUUAUUCCACGUGAUCCCAAAUCUCCACCUGCACUGGAAUGUGGAGCUGGAUCUGGCUUUAAAGGACACCAGGACAGUCCCUUUAUUCCACGUGAUCCCAAAUCCCUCUCUGAACCAGGAUCUGGGGCUGGAUCUGCCUUUGGAGACUGGGACAACCCCUUCAUUCCAGGUGUUCCCAAAACCCUGCCACCACUGGGAUGUGGAGCUGGAUCGGUCUUUGGAAGAGAUCAGGACAAUCCCACACCUCCAUUCCAGGUGAUCCCAAAUCUCCACCGGUACCGGGAUGUGAGACUGGAUCGAUCUUUGAAGGACACCAGGAAAUUCCCACUCCUGCAUUCUGGACAAUCCCAGGCCUUCCUUCCAGCUGAUCCCAAAUCCCAGCCUGCACCAGGAUCUGGAAGUUCAGGGCUGGGAAAACAGGGAAUCUGAGUUAAUCGGGAUAAUUUCCAUUGGAAUUGGGAUAAUUUCCAUUGGAAUUGGGAUAAUUUCCACUGGAACUGGGAUAAUUUCAUUG